AUGUGGUGCAAGGCCGGGGAGGAAGGAGUUGGCGAAGGGGACGCUGACGAAGGGGGAGGCGCUGACGAAGAAGAAUAUAGAAGUGUAAGGGCAGAGAAUGAAACGGGUGAAGACGACGCUGACGUAGUUGUCAUGGGUUGUCUGACAGAGGAAUUACGAAGGUCAUCACCAUGGGAUAUCAUGUAUGAUGUGGUCAUAUGCACCAAUGACAGAGAGACAUGCGAAGAGAAACCAGAGCAAUGGACUCAAGCCCUAGAGAGACGCGGUAUGAAAGUAAGCAGAACGAAGACGGAAUGCCUCAAUGCCGGCAAUGGGACGCAGAGAGUUGGAAGUAUCAGCUUAGGAGGUGAGAGGGUACAACGAGUAGCGGAAUUUAAAUACCUAGGUUCAAUAGUACAAGAAGAUGGUGGAUCAGAAGCAGAAGUGUCGAAGAGGAUAGAGGCAGGCUAG